GCUGGCACACCAGACGUGAUGGUUUAUUAGGUUUAUAAUGUUUAUUGUUUCCGGGCGUAAUUUCACUGUUCGCAAGUUCGAUCUAGGUUUCUAUAAUAUCGACCGUAUGUAAACAUUCAUCCAUCUGGACCGUUCGAAUAUAGUGUGACGUGAUGUGCGCGAGUUUUAGUGUGAAUAUGUGCUGACACACUUAGAAGCCACUGUGGUCGUGUCGACAGUGUAUCAUGACAAAGGAUUGCAUUUGUCUCCUGUGCGCCGCCGACACCUGUGAACCCGGCCGUCUUGUAAUGUCUAGGGUAUUAUCGUAAGUUGAUAUGUUACAUAUAAGUACACUGGCUAGUUAGUGUUCAUUUAAAAACAAAAACUAGAACGACAUUAUUAUAAUAAUGAAAGGAGUUCGUAUCUGAUAUCACGCAAAUGCGACCAGUCAUGCUACAGGUAUUGCUUACGGCAAUGCUUUGGCUCCUGGUGUCUGACAGCAAUGCACAAAUGUUCGAUCAUGACAUGGGCGUAUUAGACAGACGAGUGUUGACUGAUGGUGUGGACUAUGAGGUAUUCGACAAAACGUUGGCAUCUAAAUCAGAUUCAAAUUCUCGUACUUCACGAACAAAUUCUUCACAACAGCAACUUGUGACUAGUCCAACAAAUCGUCUGAUAUCUGCAUAUAAUCCCCCUGAUAGAAACACAUUUACACCACCACUGCCUCCAGAACAUUUCAAUCCAUUUGCUGAUAAACCGACACUUCGUGGUAGUAAUUCAGAAAAGUCAUUACCACCUCGAAGGCCUGGAAUUGUGCAGGCCAAAUAUGAUAAAGAUUUUAUACCAAUCAGACCUGUUGACGUACCAAUGACUGAUACGAAAAAGAAAACUAUUAACACUCCUAGUUUAAAUAAGUUAAGAGUGCCAGAAUCUACUUAUUCUGAGCCAACUAGUACUACAGCAGCAAAUGGAUUUAAAGGACUUAAUGAUACUUAUAGUAUUGUAGUACAACAAGUCCAAAAUUUAUCUAGCCCAAAUGUUUUCCGAAUUUUAUUUGAUGAUAAUAGUAAAAAGAUUGAUGGAUUAUUAAGUAAUGAUAAGUCAAAUUUUGACCAAGAUCUUAAACCAUCUCGAACUGUUAAACAAGAAGUUUCAAAAUCCACUCAACGAACUUUUCAAUUAAUAGAAACAACAUCUUCAUCACAAGUUUUUGAAACAACAUCUGAAGAAACAACCGAAAAUGAACCAACAAUAUUUAAGGAGCAACAAGUAACUGAGUCAAAAAGUGAUGUUGAUGUACCCGAGUCACAUCCUGAAAUUGUUUCUAUGCCAGAUCAUCCUGAACCCAGAGCCAGGUAUAUUCUUGGCGUUUUUUGGGAUGUUCAUGUUUAUCUAAUUGCUAUACUUUUUCUGAUAUUAGUAUUCUGUUCAGUGUUUAGUAUAGCAAGGAUAAGAGCAUUUAAAAAAUUACUAACAUGUGGUUAUUUUGUGACUAUACAUGGUUUAUUAAUUAUUAUUGGCUGUGUAAGAAGUGCUUAUUUGUUAUAUGAUCCCUACAAUGUUAAUGGAACAUUAUCUAUCCAGUUAUCUGGUUUAGCUCUAAAUAUAGUAUUUCCACUUUUGUUGACAGUAUAUUCAGUUUUAUUUUUGUUUCUGUUGCGAGCUACUGAUGUGAAGACAGUUUUUUAUAACUUACAAAAAUCAUCACUGUUGGCAAUAUUUAUUAGUUGCUAUAUGGCUUUUUGUAUUAUAGUAUUGUUUUAUUCAGAGGCACAUAUACUUUCAUUGGUAUCUAAAUGUAUUUACAUUUUACUAUGUGUGAUACUUGGAGUUACAUAUGUAUGUCUAUAUAGAUCUAUGACUAAUGCUUCUCUAAGAAAACAAGGAACUAUAUUUGGAGCUAGUUUCCAUGAACAUCGCCCUACUUUGGCUCAUUCUGUACGUGUGACAUUAGCCACUAGUAUGUUGAGUCUUCUGAUGGCGUCAGUUCAGUUAUAUGGUAUGGUUGGUGUUUAUGAAAUGUUAGGUAAAGACCAGCCUAAUCCAUGGUUAUGGUGGGGUUAUCAGUUUUCUGUACGUGUGAUUGAAAUAUCUUCAUGUUUUUUGAUAUUUUGGGCAUCCAUACAGCCACUGAGAUAUACUAGUGAAAAAGAAGCUCAAAAUCAAUCCGGAUUAACAUUAUUCCCUUGUCGUGGUACUGUUUCCCGGAGUGAUCCACCAUCAGAUGACAUUUAUCCAGCCAUCUGCAGUGCCAAUCAAGCUGUUCAUAAUUACACAUUACGAACAGGUAAACAUAUAUAUGAUGAUACAUACUCGAUGGGUGGUCCACCGUUGGCAAACCAUCAGUUGUUUGCGCACACUACCGAAAGGAGAUCAUUAAAACGAAUGGAUGAUGACUCCAGAAGUAUGUACGCAUAUGCUGAAAGAGCAGCCAUACAGCCCUCGCCGUCCAUGUUAGUCGCUGAAAAUGGAUUUGUUAGGUUUAGAUCAUUAGCUGAUGAACGCAAUCCAGAAGAUCAAAUAUAUCCAAUUAAAAUUCAUCAUCACAGGGACAAUUGUUGUACUUAAAAAAUAGACCCUAAAUAAGUUGACUACUCUUUUUUAUUUUUUUAUUUUUGUACAUAGAAUAUUUAUGUAAUUUUUCUGUUUAAAUUUAAUGUGUUCCUUUAGCUUAAAAAACAUUCCAUUAUGUAACAUUUUCAUUUCUUAUUAUUAUUUUUUUUUUUCAAAGACUGCUUUAUUUCUUAGGGGCCAAAAGUAUAAAAAUGUUUGUAUAAUGUAAGAACUUAAAACUCUUAACAUUGUUUUUACUUAAUAUUAUACUCUCUUUUGAACAAAUAAUUUGGCCUAUACUUAACAUGAUUAUUUAAUCCUAAUAAAAGAAAAUUGUCUAGCUUCUUUAUUUUUUUACUAACAUUUCUGUGCCAUUUUUUUUUUUUUUUACAUAGGUACUUACAAAAUGUCUACUUUGGGAUAAUUUUAUAACGUUCAUAUUUUUUAAAUUAUUGUUAAACAAUGAUAUCCGUCCCGGAUAAAUAUUUUUCCACAAAUCCUUAUAUAUUGGUACUCAUGUUAUGAAUUUCUGAUGAAUGUUGGAAUAUUGGCUGCUUAAUGUGAUUACUAAUUAAUUUAAUAAAUCAACUAUCAAGUAUAUGAAUAAUUUUCAUAAAAUUCAAUUCUCUUACUAUUCAGUUUUUUGGUUUUUUAAUCGAUUGUUUAAUAAAAUCAAACCCCUAUGUGGUCAUCUUAAAUGGUAUUUGUUUUAUAUUCUAUUUUUAGUUUCUUUGAUGUUAAUGUUAUUUCUGACGAUAAAUUAACUUGAGUAUCAAUUAUUGUUCAGAUUUUAUGAAUAUUUAGUAGAAAUUGCUUCUUGCCCUAGUUUCAAUUUAUAUUUAUAUUAUGUUCCUUUGAGUUGAAAAGAUAAUUAAAGAAUUUCCCUGUCUUACAGACAAUAAUAAAUCUCAUUAAUAGAUAUAUUAAUAGGAAUGUUUACUAAAAAAAUAUAUAUAGUCGACCUUUAUCAUGUUGUUAUUUACUUAUUGUGAUCAUCCAAAUUAGUGUAUUUAAAUAUUAUAGUAUUUUUAAAUAUAUAUAUUAUAUAUGUAUUGUAUUUGUAUUUUGUAAAUACUUUUUUUUAUAUUCUGUCCUAAG